GAACAACUGAAAAUUACAUCGGCACGACACCGGCUGUCAACUGACGUCAUGUUCCUGCGACUGUUUACAUGCGACACAGAGUCAUGGCGCUGUUUCCAGCUUUUGCAGAAGUAGAGGAGAACAAGGUUGACGAUUCGUCCAGAGAAUUAGAUUGGCUGAACAACAAGAGCUUUCAGACGGGAGAUGCCCUCUCUCUUCACAGUCGAUUCUUAGAAGAUGCCAGCAAUAAUUUGAACAAGAAGGAAACAAGAGUUACCAGAGAGGUGAGCUCUGCAGAGGAAGAGAGUGAAGACGAGAGGGGGGGCAGUGUGCCCAGAAAGAAGAAAAAGAAGAGUGAAAAGAAGAGGAAAAAGAAGAAAAAGCAUAAAAAGAAGAGUGGGAGGCAUUCAAACAGCAGCGGGUCUGACUCUGAAAUCAUCUUCCCCAGUGAUCUCAAGAAGGAACAAGACAGACACCAGGCUGCUCCAUUAGCAACCUGUUUCUCCUGGCUAGAUGACCUCAAGUCUCCUGCAGACCAGCCUUUCUGUGUGGACUGUAAACCAGACCCAGCCAACUGGACUUACAAGUCCCUGUAUAGAGGAGACGUAGCCAGGUAUAGGAGAAAAGGCAGCUCGUCCUUGGGUCUGGACUCUCGAAGACAGGCAGUCAGCUGGGACAAUACAGAGGCGAACAAAAAACAGAAAGAAAGUAAGAAAGCAGCCGACAGGUACUUCUCCACAGCCAGUCGGCAGCUGCUGAGGUCUGAGCUUCCUGUUCCGACGUUACCAACGAGUCCUGACUGUAGUGACGCCAUCACCUCCGCCCCCUUCCUCCGUCUGGGCGACUAUGACGGAGAGAACAAAGGAGGAGAAAGAGGUGACAGAGUUCAGACUUCAUCAGCAAACCCCCUUGGUGUGUACGACUCUUCCACGGCCCUCUGGCUGCAGGGAAAAGGACUGCCAGACCAGCAGGAACAAGACACACAGAAAGGGGAGAGUGUUGUGGUUUUGGCCGGGAGGACUGAGGAGUUUAACAGACGGCUCAGAGAGCAGCCGGCGGACACACAGCUAUGGAUACAGUUCAUACGAUACCAGGAUGAGCUGAGUUCAGCAGUGUUUGGAGGUGAGGACGAGCAACAGGGUAGUGAUUCAGCUGAGCGUCGCAAGUCUUCCUACAAAGCAGUCCUGGAGAAAAAGCUCAGUAUUGCAGAGCGUGCCGUGGCCACCAACCCUGUGUGCAUAGCUCUACAGCUCGAGAGGCUCAGGAUCUGCCAAGAGCUCUGGGAGCCCUCGGUUCUCGCUAAAGAAUGGAAGAAGCUGGUGUUCCUCCACCCAAACAGUGCCCCUUUGUGGAGAGAGUAUCUGCUCUUCACCCAGAGCUACUUCAGUAACUUCACUGUGCCAAAGGUUAACUCUGCCUAUGGAAAGUGUCUAAGCACACUCAGUGCGGUGAGGGACGGCAGCAUGGUCUCUCAUCCAGCUCUGCCUGGAACAGAGGAACAUAUGCUGGAUAUCUUCAUGCAGCAAUGUCACUUCCUCCGUCAGUCUGGUCACUCUGAGAAGGCCAUCUCUCUGUUCCAGGCCAUGAUCGACUUUACUUUCUAUAAACCUGACACCGUCCAAAAAAUGUCCACCAAGCAACAGGUGGAGUUCUUUGAGCCGUUCUGGGACAGUGGCGAGGCGAGAAUUGGGGAGCUGGGGGCCAGAGGAUGGAAAGCUUGGAUGCUCCAACAAGAACGAGGAGGCUGGUUACAGCCCAGUGCAGAGGAAGAUGAAGAGGAGGAGGAGGAGGAUGAAGAAGAGGUGAAGGAUAAGAGCCAGCCCAGAGGGACAGUCUGGCUGGAUGUGGAGUCGUCUCGUGAAGCAGCUCAUUGGUUGCCCUGGCGACCCGACAAGUCCAAGGGCCAGUCAGUAGAGGACUGUGAGGACCCAGACAGACAGGUGUUGUUUGAUGACAUCGGUCCAUCCCUUAUUUGUCUGUCUUCACCAGAGCUUCAGCUCCGUCUUCUUCUCCAUUUCUUGUCAUUCCUGGGUCUGCCUGUUGACUCUCGGCUCUCUGCUGCCCCCUGUCAACCUGGCCUUCUUCUGGACAACCUUUCUCUACUCACUCAGGGCAAUGAUCUGCAGCGGCCUCUGACAUCCUACGACCUACCUGACCCCGGGGUCAACUCUGUGGGUCACAUGACCACUCUCCAGGGAACAAGGAAGUGGAUGGGGCUGGGGAAGCUGGGUGAGAAGUUUCUCACCAACGUGUUCAGUAUGGUCCAGCCUGUCAUUCCUCCUCACCACCGAACCCUGCUGUCACUCAGCUGGAUCCAGUACGAGAAAGUCAAGGUGAUGCGCUGUUUGUGCAGUGGCAAUAAAAAGCGUCUUCGCAGUCAAGGUAAGAGCAGCAAGCGGGUUGCCAAGCGACUGCUGAAAGAACCAGACAACCGUUCGUCGUUGGUGUUGUGGCGUGAGUAUGCACACCUGGAGUGGAUCCUGGGCAACCUGGAUGAGGCUCGCAAAGUGUUUUCCACGGCCACAGCUAUAGGGGGGACCAAAGGACUGAGUAGCCCCACUCUCUGUGAUCUGUGCCUCCUGUGGUCCCAGCUGGAAGUGGAGGAGGAUGCAAAAGAGCAAGGGGGGCGACUAACGGAUGUAACUGCGUCCCCGGCUGUGUGUGUACUGACCAGACUAGCAGAAGGAGCCGCCUCAUCCUCUCAGUCUAUCUCCCCAGUUUCCAUCUUGAAAGCCAGGAAAUCCUAUGAACAGGCUCUGAAUGCCAGCUUGUCAGCCCUGGAACAAAACUCCCACAGUCUUCUGCCCAGAAAAGGCCAAGAGGACCUGCUAGGAGACAAGCUGAGGUUGAGGGGUCUGGUCGGCUGCUAUGCUCUGUUCCAAUACCUCACAGUGAGCGUCCAUGCAGCUAAUGCUGUCUACGUCCAGGCCAGAGAGAGGAUGGACAAACUGCACUCUACACUAUCAGAGGAAAACGACCUGAGCACUGCGGCCAGUGUCGAAAAGAACCAUGUCAACAGGCUGGCAUCUGAGUGUGAGGUACUUGCUGUACAGCAGGCAGCGCUGCUGAGGUACCACAACCGCGUCAGUGUGUUUCCUCUGGUGACACUGAGACAAGCUCUGACCUCCGCCCUCUCAGCCUGGCCCAACAGCCCCUACCUCUGGAGCAUGUACAUACAGGUGGAGAACCGUUACCAUAGCGCUGGCCGGGCUCGUCGUUUUUUUCACUCUGUAACCAGGAACAACAGCAGUGUGGUACCACGCCUCUUUGCCAUUGUUGCUGAACAACAAAGAAAGCAGCUGGUGGACGCUGCUCAGAGGUCUUGUUGCCACGGUGAUGCCUUGCCCAUCCUGCCAGAGAAUGGCCUCAGUAACCGUAUCUGUGGACUUUUUGAAAGCGCCAUAGCAACAGAGAUGGGUGCUCACUGUCCUUUACUUUGGAGGAUGUACAUCCACUUCUUGGUGUCAGAAGGAAAAGUGGAUGGAGCCAGAGGGAUCUUCUACAAGGCCUUACAGAAUAUUCCCUGGGCGAAGGGUCUGUACAUGGAUGCGGUGCAGCUGUUCCCGGAGCAUCUGCAGGAGUUUGUAGAUCUGAUGACGGAGAAAGAACUCCGAGUGAGACUGCCUUUGGAAGAACUGGAUAUACUACUGGAAGACUGAACACACAUGCCUCAUUCAACAACUCCAGUUUGCUUCAGUGGCAACAAGCCAAUCUACAUAUUGGAGCACGAAAUGGGAGGAACGGGGUGCACACAGGCAAACUGAGCACAUACACAUACAGAGCUGCACAACUGACCAGUGAAGGUGCAGUGAUCUGAUGGACAAGAGGUCGUCCUUUGUAUAUAUGCGUGUGCCUCAAAAUGUUUUAAUUGCCACAGCAGACCACUAAUGCUGUGAAUUAGUACAAUUUUCAAUAAAUAUGAUUCAUUCAUGUGUUGUCUGCUGUAGUUUUGUUGAUGUAUAUGAUACAUGUUCAUAAUUAGAUAAUAUACUGUAUUAUAUUCCAAAGGUGACUCAGCUUUAGAGUCUGGUGAAAAAUGUCACAAAUAAAUGAGAAACAUUACAAAGUAUGAAACUUGUAACGUUAAACUAACUUGCUAUUGAACAAAUUUCUGAUCAAAUGUUGUACUUGCAGUUGCAGUUAUUCUUCUGUUAUUACAUCUUUACUUACGUGAGCAGCAAUGAUGCGAAAUGUGACCGAAUUAAAUAAACCAAUGUUUUUAAUGCACCGACAGAAUGCAAACCAAACAUUUUAGAUUUUAAUUUUAUAUCAAGGGAAUUUGUCUCGUUUUAAUCUACAUGUAUCUUUAAAAUUUAAGGUUCUAGAUGUGGGGCAACAACACCUGUAGACUACCUGGAAGUUUUCACCUGCCUCCUCUGUGCACUACUCUCAAGGCAGGACAUCAUGUACAGCGUAGUGGCGGUGGAGACGCUGCCUCCCCCUGCCAUCGUUGCCGUAGUUUGGCGCAUUGCAGAUCCGUUCAAGCCAAUCAGCGACUUCCCCAGUGCCGGCAGCCGCCACAUUUGGAACGUAUCCUUCCGCCAACAUAAAACUCAGUGCAACAGAAACGAGUCCGUCACUAACUAUGUUGCCCUGUUACUACGUCUGUGGCGCGGCUUUCAGAGGCAAUCCGCCACUUAGAUUACCACAUCCGUUAUCGUGAAUAAAAGUCAUGAUUCUAUUUUGUCAAAAGAGAUUUUUGUCCUUGUAAUAAACCUCCACUCCACCUCAUUGAUACUGUGGGACGUAGUCUAUUGUGUAUUAUACAACAAGUAGUUCCGACCAAGCAAUCUGAUUGGUCAAUAAGACAUUUAGAACGUGCUCAAAUCAGCAUUACAGCACGGCUGACUCGUUACUAAAAAUAUUGCUUCGCCAAACCUGUGGCAAUAUUGUAUCCAUCUCCAUGGCAACACUGUAACGGUCACAGUUGGAGCAGGAAACGGCUACAAAAUGGAUCGUGGCGUCAGUUUCAGUGAAAGGUUGGAGGAGAAUAAACAGAAAAAAGAAAGGUUUGUGCCUAUUUCGGAUGAAGAACUGAAUCAACUGGAACUGUUCAGGAAUGAACGGACCACGGCCAGAUCAACGUCUUGGGCAGUCAGAUGUUUCCAGGACUACCUGAAAACCACCAAGCAGGAUGUAGAUUUUCCAACCGUGACAAAAGAAGAGCUGAACAGAAUUCUUCGUGAAUUUUAUGGGUCAGCAAGAAACAGCCAUGGUCAGCACUACUCCAUAAGCAGCUACGUCGGAUUGAGAGCAGGCAUCAACCGCUAUAUCAACGAACCUCCUCUCAGUCGCGCAUGGUGUCUAAUGCAAGACACCGAGUUCACGACAUCAAACAACGUGUUUAGUGGACUCAUAAAGUCUCUCAGGAGAGCGGGCCACGACAAAACUGAACAUCAUGCCGCGAUCACCGAGGAGGACCUGGCAGUUUUAAGGAAAUCGGAGGCAAUGAAUCCAAACACGGCGCGGGGCCUGGUAAACAAAGUGUGGUUUGACAUCCAGUUACAUUUUGGAAGGAGAGGAAAGGAGGGUCUCAGGAAACUAACGCCUCAAUCCUUCGAAAUAAAACGUGAUUCAAAAGGCACCAAAUAUGUGACACUCAGCUUCAACGAGGAGACGAAACAUCUCAAACACCACCAUGACAGGGAUCGUCCAAGCAGGAGAGGCGCAAUGUUUGAAGACCAGGGGAAUGAAUUGUGCCCGGUUUCUUCGUUUGAAAAAUAUAUUUCAAAAAUCCCCAAAGAGGCCAAAGCUUUCUACCUCCAUCCAAAAAAAGGAGAAAAGUUAGGGGACGUGUGGUACUCGUUGGAGCCAAUGGGUGUUAAUUACCUGGGUUCGAUGCUGUCGCGCCUAUCCAAAGAGGCAGGGACAUCAGUUAUUUACACUAAUCACUGCAUCAGAAGCACUACCAUCCAGAAGCUGCCUGAGGGUGGACAUGAAGUCAGAGAAGUGAUGACGAUCAGUGGACACAGGCCUGAGAGUUCUUCUCUGGAUAACAGAAAACUGCGGAGCAACCAGCUGUGUGCUGACCAGGAAAACAAGAGACCUUUGGAAGUCAGCCUCUCAACCACAUCACCUGCUCAGCGGCAGAGAUCCCGCUUCAACCACUGCAAUUUUAAUGAUGGAGGCCUCCAGGGAGAGGAGACUGAAGACAGCCAACAGGGAGAGACGUCAGAGGCUGCUCCUAUUGAGACAGUAAUCCCCCAACGUCUCCUACUAUCAAUAUUAAAGAUGAGCCUAUUGAUGAGGGCUACGAUGCUGCUUUGCUGCCUCAGAGCUCCAUCAGACAGAUCAAAGAAGAGCUGGAGCACCAGGAGGAAGAGCUGAGGAUUAGCUCUGUCUUCUCUGUAGGUGGAGGGAACACCUUUGCACAGCCUACUAUGCCAGCAGCAGUCCCAGCCCCCCAGCACACAACCAUUUUCUCUCCUACAAGCCAUGGGUCCCCUCCCCACUAAUAAAAUUAGCACUGUAGGCUGCACCUAUUUCAUGAAUUCAUGUUUUUUUUCUGGCGCGUUCAAUUUCAUGUUGCUCACAAAUAGCUGUUUUAACAAUUGCACCAGCUCUGCUAGAUAGCUCCUCGCAGACAGACCCACCAUCUCCCCAAGCGUCCACAUCUCCAGCACUGUCAACAAAGCCUCAGGGAGAAACUCCUCCAUGUAACGGUGUGCCAGCACGCCUAACCGGACGCCAUUUCCUGGGCAAGAGGGAGACAGAUUCUGAGUGCAAGGUGUGCUCACAGCGCAAGAGGAAGAGGCUGGAAGAAGAAGAGCAAGACAGUAAGAAACCCAAGACAACAGAGGACAAUGACCCGGAGAAAAAAGUAGAACCGGAGGUAGAAAAGGAGGAGGUCACACCUCCCAGUGAGAAGAAAGAGCAGAGAGAGGAGGAGGACUCUGGCAUGAAGCCUUGUGAGGACAAGAGUGAGACAUUAAGGACACUGACAUCAUAUUACUGUAAGACAUGUUCAGGAGAGCCUAGCCUCUGUCCUGUGCCCUGUUUUGAACUCUACCACACCCGACUGAUCUACAAAACGGCUCCAGAACUGGAAACACAGCCUCCUGACCUGCUGACAUGAGACGUCCAUCUGCCGCGACCAGGGACAGAGGUUAAAACAACUACAGGGUUAAAUGCUUGUGCUCAGUCCUUACACUACUAAAGUUGUAUUUUUACACUUGUCUGUUUACAUUUAACUAUAAACCUUGUUAAGAGCCAAUUCAGACGUCUUUUGUUUCAUAUACUUUUAUGGAUUUGUAUUUGCAAACUGGCAAAAUGACUCGCAUAAAGUGGUGUUUGUAUUUUUUUCUUAAACAAUAACCUAAAGAUUGCAGUAUUUGUAAUCUGCUCUAUAAGAACAGGUUUGCAUGGUUCUGUCUACCUUGGUUCUGGUCUUUAGUCCGUAUAACAGACGAGGUACAGACCUGUGCAUUUAAGUGCUUCUCUGACCUACAGGCAGUACUGUAACCAUUAGUAAAAAUAAGUUUACCUCAUGAAUAAAUGUGUGUCUUUAUAAAUAAACACGUCCUUAAAGCUAA